AUGAAGUCUUUCCUCGCCCUCCAUUCCCUAGCCACCUUCUUCACCCUCACAAACGCCUACAAAAUCUCCUUUUACAGUACUCAGAACUGUCAUAGCCUACCCCUAGGAAGUCGAGAAAUGAAAGUCGACAGCGGCUGCCAACGAGACUUGGCUGGCACUUCAGCAUCCGUGAUUAUCAAGGCCGACGAAGGCAACAAAGACUUUGGCAAUGUCGUCGUCUUCUUUAAGGGUGAUGAUUGCAAGCCGUCGAAUAUUAUGCAGGAUGGCGCGGCCUUUGUGUUCGAGGACGGCUGUUGGACGGGAAACUACGGUAGCUAUGAGGUGUGGGAUUUGUGGAAGGUUGAGGGUAUGGACGCGCCAGCGUUGAAGUGA